AUGGGCACUUCCAGCAGUGACACGGGCCUCAUCACCUACCCGGCCAUUGUCAACAUCGCCACCCUCAUCAUCUUCUUCGUCUACCUCGUCGUCUCCAUAUGGCUCAUCUUCCGCCAGGGCCUCGGCCGCAGCUCGCCCUGGAUCUGGCUCACGCUCCUCUCCGUCUGCCGCCUCACCCAGGUCUCGCUCGAUUUGGCCGCCACCACCAUGUACCCCAUAGGCCAGUCGUCCAACACGAGCCUCGAGAGCGGCGUCGCCAUUCUGACCACCAUGGGCCUGACGCCGCUCUUCAUGUCCACCAGCAGCCUGCUCAACACGACCACCCGCCCCAAGGGACGCCGCAUGCAGUGGAUUCUGCUCGUCUUGCACAUUCCCCUCAUUAUUUCCUUCAUUCUCAUUGUCGCCGGCGGCAUCGAUCCCGAUUCGCGAGACGGACCCACUUUUGCGGCCACGGAAUCGACCAAGGCGGGAGUUUUGCUCUACGUCGUGUGUUUCGUCGUGCUCGUCUGGUCGACCAUUGUCAUCUCAGCCCGUCUCUAUCUUGCUGACCGGGAUGAGGUCCGCAUCCUUACCACGGUUGUGCUGAGUCUGCCUUUUUUCGUCGUCGACGUUGUUUACAUGAUGUGUUUCGCCUUUGAGCGCUGGGAGAGUAAUGAUUUCGACGGCUGGCAACACAUGCGCUUCAACGUGAUUAGCGGUAGUGUCACGAUCCAACUCUGCAUGCAAGUAAUUAUGGAAUGGAUCAUCGUCGCUUUGUACUUGGCCUUGGGCUUGGAGCUGCCCAGCAAAGCGGCUAGAUUGCGACGGCAGAUUGAAGACCAAAUGGAUCAAGCUAGGAAUCUUGAUGUGGAUGCGCUCCAAGAGACGGUAUUGUGGAGGCUGCACGAUUUCGUAUCCCGUAUGGUUGCUGCCAUGAUUAUGCCGGCCUUGCAAUUCGCUCACUGGAUGCUCGGCAAAAUACUAAGAUCAGGCCAGAACAACAACUGA